AUACUUGCCACCAUGGUUACAUCAAAGGUCAAUUGAACCGUACCUGAACUUUGACUUGUUUUCCUCUUGGAGCUACCGUGUACCAACUUUCUUCCUGCUGCUUUGCGCUGUAACAAAUGCAAUUCUGCUGCCAGAAGACUACUUCAGCUCGGUGAAGGUUAAACACGCUGCCUUUAACGUAACGUAGUGUAUGACAAUGGAGUCUAUCGACCUGACCACAGGUCUCGUCUUGGUCUGUUCGUUCCUGCUGUCGCUCCUCUGUCUCCGGACAUGGGUGGGGCACCGCGGCCGUCCCGACAAGUUUCCCCCCAGCCCCCCUGGGCUGCCGCUCCUGGGGAACCUGCUGUCUCUGAUCCGGGAGCCCCACCUGCAGCUGACGGCGUGGCGGCGCCGGUACGGAGACGUGUUCAGUCUGCGGAUGGGUCCUCAGGACGUGGUGGUUGUGAACGGGUGUGCCGCCAUCAAGGAGGCCCUGGUCAUGAAGGGCGCGCACUUCUCCGACAGACCCGCGCUGUUCCUUACGGAAACUUCUCAAUCACAGAAAGGAAUCAUCAUGAAAAAGUACGGUGCUGACUGGAAAAGUUUCCGGCGAUUCGGUCUCUCCAGUCUUCGCUACUUCGGUGUCGGCAAAAAAACACUCGAACCCAGCAUUCAGCAGGAAUGCCGCCGACUUUGUCAGUCAUUUGAGGGAAUGGACGGAGAGCCUUUCGAUCCUUGCCGUUUUCUCCAAAUUGCCACCGGCAAUGUCAUCAAUGCCAUUGCACUUGGAAGACGGUUUGAGCCGAACGAUCCCGAUUAUCAGGAACAAUUGGAGCGGACCGAUGUCGCCUUCAAGCUGUUUCUUCAGGCCCAGAUUCUCAACUUUUAUCCAACCCUACGAUACGUCCCUGGCCUUCGUGGGAUGUUAAAGAAGUGGAAAGAAGUGUAUAUCCUUUCAGUACAGUGGUUUCAAAAGAUAAUCGAUGACCACAAGACGACCUUCGACCCUUCCGUGAUCCGUGACGUAACUGACGUGUGCCUGCUGGAACUUCACCAAAACAAAGGAAGCAACACCUUCCUGAAGGAGGAAAACACUUGGCACAUCGUGGGAGAUUUCCUUGCGGCAGGUACAGAGACGACCGCGACGACUCUCUCUUGGGCACUGCUCUACCUCGCGCUCAACCCUGCGUGGCAGCGGAAAGUCCAAGAGGAGCUGGGUAUCGUGGUAGGAAGUGAUGAAAUCUCGCCGUACUCCAGACGUGAGGAGUUGCCCUACACAGAAGCGACCAUCCUGGAGAGUCAGCGAAUCCGAACCACGGUUCCCCUGUCCGUGCCCCACUGCACCUCGUCCCCGACCAGCCUACAGGGGUACGACAUCCCUGCACACACCCAGGUGUGGGUUAACCUGUGGUCCGUCCACAUGGACCCUGCCUACUGGUCCCAGCCGGACACGUUCGACCCCGGCAGGUUCCUGGACGACAACGGGAGGGUCCAGGUCCCAGAGUCCUUCAUGCCAUUCUCCACAGGACGAAGAAUUUGCCUCGGCGAGCAGCUGGCCAAGAUGGAACUUUUCCUGUUCCUCACGUCCCUGCUGCAGAAGUUCACCUUCAAACUGCCAGAGGGCGCGCCUGUACCAGACAUGUCUGGAGAGAUUGGCGUCACCCUUCUACCCAAACCCUACAAGCUGCAAGCCAUGUCGCGCAAGACUUCAAUGUGAUCUUGAAGAGCAGACCGAUAAGAAAAUAAUAGACGGAUGAAAAUUAAUCGAUGUUCUCUUUAUGCUCCAAAGUAAACAAGACAAUGGUUCUUCGAAAUCACAAGGGUUGGAUAAUGGUAAUCUCCAAGCAGAUCCUACAAUGGCAUAAGAUAGUACCAAACUGGUCUAGGAGUGUAGUCAGCCAAGAGGUGUCCAUUUGCCAUGUAGCGAAACACACUCCUAAGCCGGCUUCACUCCACUGCCAGCUUUUGAUACUAUCUUAUGCUACCGUAGGAUCUGCUUGGAGAUUAGGAUAAUGGAUCUAAUCAAUUUAAGUCAAUUUCCCUUCUUCCUAUAGUCGCCCACCCAUUCAUAUGCUGCCAACAAGUGUACACAUAUGCCUAAUUACAAAUACAGACAUUAAGAAUACAGCAUUGAUAUUAUAUUGCUUUAUUGACAACAAUGCAAAGACACAUACUGUGUAACACACAGAACAAGUAAUGUACAGAUAUGGUGAUUGAUAAAUAAAAGGCUUUCAAAGCCAGAUAUCAAGGAACUUUUAAAUACAUGUCGUCCGAAGUGUUAAUAAUAGAGACAUCCCAAAUGUGGGCCAUGUUAAAAUACUCCUAUCGCUAUACUAUUCCCUACAGCCUCUCUCUCUAUUUGUAAGCUUUCAUGCAGAGCACCUGAAUAUAAUAAAUUUGUAAGAAUGAAGCUCAAGUCACAAUACUAAAGUUGUUAGUUAUUUACAAAAUGCCAUUUACACGAGUAUAAAAGUAAAUUUGCUCCUCAGGACAUGGUUAGGACGCCAUUUUCUGUACAAAGCUAUAAUUCAUGUAAUACU